CGUUGGUCAGGUAGAGAAUCGUUGGGAAGUUUCUGGUGAUUAUUGGUGGACUGGCAGACUGGCACAUGGGUUUAGGGCGGUGUAGCAGACAUCGUUCGGGCAACUGUCACUUUUCCAAGUGGCGAACGGUGGUGGGUGCGAGUCCGAGUGCGAGUACGAAUCCGAAUCCGAGUCCAAGUCCGAGUACAAGUCCGGGUACAACUUUCGAGACGACAUUUGCCAAAGUUACGUCAAACUAACCGGACAAUUCGGCGUAUCGAAGGAGGUUAAAUGCCGAACGAUCGCCGCUCUUUCUUACUACUCGCAUUCUGAACGGUUACCGAACGAUCGAUUUGACCAGGAUGGCGCAUGGUUCGCAGAGCUAUGGAUCCACCGAUCAACGAACCGACGUACCUGAUGUGGGCUUCAGUCCCACAGAACUUUAUAGCCUCAGUGAGAACAUCACUACAAAUAUUUAUACCAUUAAUGGAAGUUGGAGAAUUUUGGAACGAGCUUACAACAAUGUUGGAACCAUUAAAGACAACCAGGACCUCAGGGACAACGUACACGUUACACAGUUAAGCACAAAUCAAGUAGUAACUCAAACGAGUAAGGACAUAGCCAGAUUGACGGUCCUGAUGAGAAGAGGCGAUAAGCAACAGAAGUUACAAAUUGAGAAGCUCACAACAGACUUCAAAGAUGCUCUGCAACAAUACUCGGACAUGCAGAAGAAUAUCGCCGAAAAGAUGAAGAGGCACAUUCUUCCGGUCACGAGAACCUCUGAGAAUACAUCAGAGGACAAGGAAGAGGAAAAGCAGAGCUUGUUGCAAGCUCUGGAAGACGACGAAAGAAGAGCCGAGCAAAGAGCGCUGGAGUUUGAAGAAGGAUUGAUUUUGGAACGAGAAGACAGGAUAAAGAGGACCGAGGAAGACAUUCUAGAUGUAAACCAAAUUAUGCGUGAACUUGGAGCUUUAGUCAGCCAGCAGGGUGAUGCGAUCAAUACCAUUGAAAACAGUAUAGAGAACGUGCACGGAAAUGUCGAGCUGGGGGCCCAGGAGUUGGUCAAAGCCAGCAACUAUCAGAGCAAGUUUCGCCGGAAAAUCUGCCUGAUACUCUUACUGGUGAUAGUCAGUGUCGUCGUUUUAACCAUCGUUAUCGUACUGAGGUAGAUUAAUGACUUUCGAGUCUUUGUACGUAUCGUCAGAGGCCCGAAGAGGAAGGUGCUCUGUUGGAGAGGUUGUCCCGAUAAGCCCGAACCGAGCUCGCGCCGUUGCUUCACCGAACUUCAUUUUGACUCGCUUCCUAGUUCUUUCUUUUUGGCCUUUCUUCUGUUCCUUUUGUUCGUGAAAUGUAAUAAGUGAGGUACGGACGAUGCAGAUCAGAUUAUUUCAUGUGCAGGUCGCGACAUUAGUAACGGAAUGGUUUUUUUUUUUUUUUUUAAUAAUAAUUUCUGUCGUUCAGUGCAAGGGACUCCGAGUAAAGAGAUCCGUUCCGUAAUUUGUGGAUUUUAAGAGGAAAAGAGAACACUACCGUGCGUUUUGAAAAUUGGCGCGGUCGCGUUGAGGACGGAUGUAAAUAAUUCAAUCUGUUUUUUAAGCGAAUAAUCAAUUCGAAUAACUCGUCUCCCAGUUACGACUAUUUAUAUUACUAUUUCUCAUUAGAUCGUUCGUAAAUUGUAAGUACAUAUUUAUUUACUACUUGGUUGCCAAGAAAUAAAAAAACUAACGUUCCUACGUUGUUAGACUAACUUUUAAGUAACGGAUGCAUUCUGGUUUGAGGCUCGGAGUGUUGAAAGUGAAAUAUUACUCGUCGUUUGGAGGGGAGAAAAAAAAACCGGACAGAAGCAAGCGAAAAUACUUGAAUUGGGGUAUAUAUACAUACGUUUUAAAUAUUUAUUGCAAGUCAUAUUUCCACAAAGCCUACCCUGGAUAAUUACUCUUUGAAUAAUGUUCCAAAGUAAUCGCAACAACAGGUAUAAUGAGGUAUAGCAAAAGGGAACGUAAUGGAAAAAGUCGUUUAUUAAUGUCGUGAUCUGUAAUGCCUACACUUGUAUAAAUUCACAUUUUUGUAGCAUCACAUUUGGUUAUUUCAGUUCAAAAGUGACCAACCGAUUUUUAGCGUUAACUGUUAUAACUGAAAUGACAUUUAAUCCAGGAAGUACUUACCGAACUUGGGUCAAAGAACUUGGAAAGUUGACAAGUGAUAGACACAUAAACCUGUAUACCUGUGUUUAUAUGAAACAUUAUCUGAAGCUGUUGACAUAGCAGGUCGAAAAGUUCAAUGGUAAUUUUUCAUCAAACAGAAUUUUAGAUCUCGAGGGCUAGCUAAUUUUGAUAUUCCACGUGGUUUCUUCUUUACGGCGUUACCUUUGUGUGUACAAAGUACCUCUAUGCGCCAUACAAAAACCAUAUUUUCCCUGUUUCUUUUCUCUGCUUUUUAUACACACCGACAUACGCUCAUACAUACAUAUAUACACAAAAAAUUUUGCGACACGUGAGAUUAUGAAUAUUGUACCGUAUAAUAGGAAUAUAUUAUUAUUAUUAUUAUUUUAUUCAUAGGCGGUAAUACAGAACUCGCGAAGACUCACGUUUUUGAUCACUCGUUUAGCCAUUGAACAAUCGAUGAGACUUGCGAUCAAAAGUGACACGCGUGAUACGGACGUAAACAGUGAAAGAAUAGUCUGUUUUCGUAGUCAAGAAACAGGGGUGCGAAAAUUGUAAAUUACUAAUAAUUAUAAUAAUAAACGAAUUACUCAUUGGA